AUGGCACCUGGAUUUUACAGCUUUCCAAAGGACAGUCGCCCUCUGUCAAUAUGGCUUCAAGACAUGCAGGGCCACCAUCUAAUGAACCACCGCACCACGGCCGGACUACCCGCAACAGCAGACAUAGUAAUCAUUGGUUCUGGUUUGACAGGAACAACAGUGGCGAAGCAUUGCGUAGAGACAUGGCCUGAAAGGAAGGUCGUUGUUCUCGAGGCCCGGGAGUUCUGCUCUGGUGCCACUGGCAGGAAUGCAGGACAUUGCAAACCUGACCAGUGGCGCGGUUUCAAGGAGUACGAGGAUGACUUUGGGACCGAGCAGGCUUUGAAGAUCCUCAAAAAUGAGCAGCAGACAUGGUCGAGUGUAGUUGAUUAUGUUCGUUCUGACAACGUCGACUGUGAGCUUUGGGUCGGUGAUACUCUAGAUGUACCAAUCACCUGGGAGUCGGCAGAUGAUGCCAAAGAGACCUUUGAGCGUUACAAAGCAGCAGGGGGCAAUAUUGAUCACAUCAAAGUCACAAAUGACCCGGUGAAGGCAAGAGAGGUAUCGCGAAUCAAAGAUGCAAAGGCAUGCUAUGCUUGGCCUGCAUCGACAGUGCAUCCUUGGAAGCUGGCUGCCCAUGUUAUGAGCGAGAAUCUAAAGAGAGGUGUGAAUCUCCAGACACGCACCGCAGCCACACAGGUUGUCAAAUCUCACAAACAAUUGGGAAAUUGGACAGUCAAAACCGGGCGCGGCGAUAUCGAGUGCGCCCAGGUAGUCCACGCGACCAAUGCCUACAGUCCUGCCCUUGAGCCGUCCUUGCGUGGUCUUAUCAAACCCACGCCUCACAUGUGUAACUUGAUCGCUCCGCCUGUGAGCUUCAUGGGGUCCAAGGCCCUUCAAAACUCGUAUGGUAUCCUAUUGCCUGGGGGAGAUCUAAUCACAAUCAACCCAAGAAUACCUACCCACGGCCCUGUUCUUUUUGGAGGCUCCAAUCCUGGGCAGGCUGAAUUUUACAGAUGGCUCGAGAAUAACUCGGAGAGGGCCACCGACGACAACAUUGCCGGCUUCCCAUCGGUGACAGAGGCUGUGAAAGACUUUACAGACGCUCAGCUAACAGGGUGGCCCGGAGUUGUGGCAGAGGAUUACAGGAGAGAAUGGAGCGGAAUCAUUGCAAUGGCAAGUAUUCUUUUGGUUCUAAUAUAG